UCGCAGCUCACGCGGCUCCAGACCCAAACCCUCCUCUCGAAGAGAAGCAGCAGAGCGCAGCAAUCCAUGGCGCCCAAGGCGGAGAAGAAGCCGGCGGCGAAGAAGCCCGCGGAGGAGGAGCCCGCGGCCGAGAAGGCCCCCGCGGGGAAGAAGCCCAAGGCGGAGAAGCGGCUCCCGGCCGGCAAGGGCGAGAAGGGCGAGGGGAAGAAGGACCGCGCCGGGAGGAAGAAGGCGAAGAAGAGCGUGGAGACGUACAAGAUCUACAUCUUCAAGGUGCUGAAGCAGGUGCACCCCGACAUCGGCAUCUCCUCCAAGGCCAUGUCGAUCAUGAACUCCUUCAUCAACGACAUCUUCGAGAAGCUCGCCGGCGAGGCUGCCAAGCUGGCGCGGUACAACAAGAAGCCCACCAUCACCUCCCGCGAGAUCCAGACCUCCGUCCGCCUCGUUCUCCCCGGCGAGCUCGCCAAGCACGCCGUCUCCGAGGGCACCAAGGCCGUCACCAAGUUCACCUCCUCUUAGGUUCCACCUAGUGCUAGUGAAACUGAUCUGAGGUGAAUUUUGUAGAAGGGACGGCAAGGGCUCCAACUUUUCAAUUAUGCAGGAAGAAGGAAACAGUGUGAGCUGAACUUUACUUUGAAUUGUCUGAUACUGUAUCAAAUAAGCACACUACAGUUAUGAGAGUCAUAGCUAAUUGAAACACCAUACAUAUAUGGCUUUUGUUAUUUCAGGCUUACUUCCUAUGAGCUUGUGUAUUGUAGCUGGUUUGGAUGCCCUGGUGGAGGCUUUUCUUUCUGUUCUAACUUCUAUUACCUAUGCGAGCUAAUUGGUAAACAUGAGAUAUGCAUCUCUUAUUGCAUGAAUCUCUACUGCCUGAAGACCGUGGAGUCUGCUCCACAUAACACUAUCCUGUGGUUCUUUGUGCAGCCAGAUUGUUGAGUCUGCUAUCUCUAAGGUUCUAUUGGAACAACAUCCUUGGUAAGCUUAUGUAGAUCUAAUGAAUCUCUGAAAAUGUCGUCCGUUGCCCGUUGGGCGUCUUCUAGUAAACACCUCAAGCAGCAAAAUUCCAAGGCUAAACA